ACCACCAAGGAUGGGUUUGCGAUUUAUACUGUUGGUGGCGCUGACAAUGAGUGCAAUUUUGAACGCGACUUCGUCCUGUUUCAUCACGAACUGCCCUCCUGGAGGAAAAAGGUCCACCCUUGCAGCCUUGGAGCCCAACACAGGCAACGCCAGAAUCAGACAGUGCGCUCGUUGCGGGCCUGGACUGUCUGGUCGGUGUUUUGGGCCUCGCGUUUGCUGUUCGGAUAAGCUGGGCUGCCUGGUGGGCACGUCAGGGUCAGGGUCAGGGACCAUGCUGGCCUGCCUGGCCGAAAGUCUCAUCCCCGAACCGUGCAUCAACGGGCCGAGGGGAAGAUGCGGAAGGGAGGGCGCCGGCGUUUGCGGAGCACCAGGAAUUUGCUGCUUCCACAAUGCAUGCCACGCAGACGAGUCUUGCCAAGUGAAAAGUGCAAGUUUUGCCCGAGCUUUUGCACCGCCGCACGCAAAAGUGGCAGAGACGACGCGAGAUGAAGAUUUUUACGAGCAAAAUUUAGCUGGUCGAGACGAAUACUUGGACAUGCAGCAACGCCCCACUCCGUCUGAUAACUAAAUCAACCGAAAUUUGGAAUAAAUG